CCAUCCAGGGACCGCUGCUCUCUGAGCUAAGCAAGGGCCCAUGUCUUUGAGCUCCUCUCCUGAGGUCACCAUGGGGCUCACCACCUCCCUCCCACUCCCCUCUUCUCAGAUGACUAGUUUAACCUCUUGGCUCAGCACCCUCCCUUCAAGAACCCCACAAAGACACCCUGUUCCCAAGAGGGAUCCUAGCCCAAGGAGGGGAGGGGACACGGCUAAACCCAUGAGCCGAGUUGUGGCCUCCCUGCAGGGCUGUGACCUGCUGACGGAGCCUCAGCAUGGCCACCUGCAGUGCCGCCGGGCCCAUGUCCACCAGCUGAUUGCCAAGGAGCUCCGCAUUCGGACAGGCGCUGAGAACCUGUACAGAGCCACUACCAACAACCAAGUCAGGGAGACGGUCGCCCUGGAGCUGAGCUACGUCAACGCCAGCCUGCAGCUGCUGAAGGAGGAGCUGGAUGGCGGCUGCAUGGACACCCCCUGGCUCGAGGGGGACAGCAUCAGCAUUCCCAUGAUCCCUCUGGGCCUGAAGGAGACCAAGGAGCUAGAUUGGUCUACACCCCUGAAGGAGCUGAUCUCCAGCCACUUUGGGGAGGACGGCGCCAGCUACGAGGCUGAGCUGAAGGAGCUGGAGGCCCAGAGGCAGGCCAUGCGGAUGCCCAGCCGGGACCAGGCGGGCCUGGAGCUUCUCCUGGCCUACUACCAGCAGCUCUGCUUUCUGGAGGCCCGCUUUUGCUCGCCCGCCCACAGCCUCGGCCUGCUCUUCCACUGGUACGACUCUCUAACGGGCAUCCCCGCCCAGCAGCAGAGCCUGGCCUUCGAGAAGGGCAGCGUGCUCUUCAACAUCGGUGCCCUCUGCACCCAGAUCGGUGCCCGCCAGGACCGCUCCUGUGCCCAGGGCACCCGCCAGGCCAUGGAGGCCUUCCAGCAGGCCGCAGGGGCCUUCAGCCUCCUCCAGGAGAACUUCUCACACGCGCCGAGCCCUGACAUGAGCCCGGCCUCCCUGCGAGUGCUAAAGAUGCUCAUGGCCGCCCAGGCCCAGGAGUGUGUCUUUGAGGGCCUCUCCCUGCCCGCCCCUGCUGCCCCUCAUGAUGGCCCAGCGCAGCUGCACCUGGCCCAGGAGGCUGCCCAGGUGGCGGCCGAGUAUGACCUCGUGCACCGGGCCUUAGCGGAGCCACCCGCCCGGGACUGUGUGCCCAGAUCCUGGGUCGCCCUGGUGCAGACAAAGGCCCAGUACUUCGGGGCUCUGGCCCACUUCCACACGGCGGUGGCUCUCUGCGACAGCCCCGGGCAGGUCUCCGGGCCACCGAGGGCUGCAGAACUAGAGCCUGAGGAGUGCCGGCGGCGCGGCAAGGCCCACCUGAGGCGCGCCAUCCUGGCCCAGGAGGAGGCGCUUCGGCUGCACGGCCUGUGCCCAGUGCCCCGCCAGGUGGACCUGCUGCAGGCCGUGGUGGCCCAGGCACUACGGUGCUCGCUGGCCAAGUACUCUGAGCUGGACCGCGAGGACGACUUCUUCGAGGUGGCUGAGGUCCCCGAUGUUCAGCCUGGUCCUGCUCCAGAGAGGGAUGUGGACAGCCCUGCUGCCCGGCAAAGCCUGUGCCCUCAGGCCCCCCGCCCCCUGACUUCGGAGACACUUCUUCCAAGCAAGCCUGGAAGGGCAUCCAGAUUGGUCCUGGGCCUCAGCACUCUUGCCCCUCCUUCCCCUCCAGCUAAAACCCUUCAGAAGCCCCAGGUCCAGGCCCCCAGCUUCUCCAAGGUGGACGCCUUUGACAUCUUCCACAGGCUGGGGCCCCUGUCCGUUUUCUCAGCCAAGAAUCACUGGCGCCUGGUAGGGCCCGUGCACGUGACCCGAGGGGAAGGUGGCUUCGGCUUCACACUGCGAGGAGAUGCACCUGUGCUCAUCGCCGCCGUAGUCCCUGGGGGUCGGGCUGCGGUGGCAGGCCUGAAGGAGGGCGACUAUCUGGUGUCUCUGAACGGGCAGCCGUGCCGGUGGUGGAAGCACGCGCAGGUGGUGGCACAGCUGCGGAGUGCAGGUGACGAGGGCGUGCACCUGGGUGUGGUGACCAUGCUACCCGGCUUGGAGCCCCCCAGCGUGACGGACCGCCGGCUGGGGCGCCUCCUGAGGAGCCAGAAGGAGUGUGCUCGCGCCAAGCCAGUGCCCUCCCGGGCCAGCCCCAGGCCCCUCCUUGGCUGGAGCCGUAAGACCAAGGAGGCCAAGGCCCCAGGUCGUCCCCAGCCCCACCCCUCCCCAGGGACCACGACAAGGGCCCCUGACCCUUGUGUGCCCCCCUCACCCUGUGAGUACCCAGGCUCGCUGUGAGGGACAUGUCCCUCCCGAGGACUUCAGGCCAGUGCCGGCCUGUCUUGCCCCCAGGGCUUCAGGAGGACUCUGCCUGCUAUUAAAGGUGUCUGAAGUGGA